AUGUAUGCUUUGACCAAAAUGUACCUCUUAAACUCAUUUGAAUUUGUAACUUCUUGUUUAUCCACUCCCUGCUUGAACGAUGGUAAAUGCCUUGAUACUAUGUCUGGACAUCGAUGUGAAUGUAUCUCUCCGUUUCAUGGCCCAUUCUGCCAGUUUCACAAAGAGAGUUGGACAUACCAUUGGUCUAUUGUGGAGCUCGUUCUUUUUCUAUUAGUCGUCUUUCUUAUAAUAUGUGCAAUUGCCAUGAUUUGUUGCAGUACAAAUAUGGGUGUUUAUGUGACUGUCCCAAACAAGAGAUACAAUAGAUGGGAUGAAGAGGAACUGUCAGACGAAAAUGACGAUGAAGACGUCAUUGCCCUAGGUGAUUUAAAAAAGAUAGGCAUGCGUCCAUCGAGGACCAGAGAAACUAUGUUGGACCCUGAGGCCGGCUGUGCUAACCCAUGUCUUGACUCCUCAUCUGUUGUUAUGCUUUGA